GCAGCUGAAAAACGUUCAAAUCAAAUCCAUGUCUAAAUUUUACCAACCUCCCAUGUAUGUCCAAAUUAAUGCCUCUCAAGUACCCUUUCAUUUCGACGGAGUGUUUCGGCUAAUCACCAAAUUUUCCAUUCAAUUGAUUCUCCCAAGUCGAUGAUUGGUGACAUAGAUUUGGAUAAAUUGAAUUUUAAUAGCAAUGGCCAUCAUCGUAGUUCUUGCCAUUCUAGUGGCGAUUGCUUUAUUUCUUUAUAACAACGAAAGGAGACCGAAGAACUUUCCUCCAGGCCCUGUUGGAUACCCAAUCGUUGGCUAUUUGCCGUUCUUGGGCGAUGGAUCACACGCUGACAUUGGUAAAAUUGGGAAAAAGUACGGAGACAUUUUCAGUUUGAAAAUGGGGAGCUACUGGUAUGUUGUGCUGAACGAUUUCGAUCUGAUCAAAAAUGCAUUGAAAGAUGAUGUGUUUACGGGACGGCCGAAUUAUUUACUGCGAAUGUCAUUUUACAAAAAAGGAAUUUCGUACAACAAUGGUGCGAAUUGGCAGGCGCAGCGUCGAUUUUCGAUGAAAGUUCUAAAAGAUUUUGGAUUUGGUAAGAUGUCCAUGAUUAAGUCCAUUCAAGAUGAAAUCAGAGAAUUGCAAUCAUAUUUACGCGAAAACACUGAACAACCAAUAGAUCUGUCCGAAGUGCUUCCCAUCUCAAUCCUCAAUUCACUUUGGAAUAUUCUAACCGGCGGCAAAUUUUCCCUAUCGGAUUCACUACCAAAGAAGAUCCAUCACGUGAUCAAAUAUGGCUUGUCUGGUCAGGAGGUCCUAGGCGUCUUAUAUUUUCUGCCCUGGCUUGAGCAACUUAUUCCUGGCAAAACAUCUGGAACCGAUAAAAUGAAACUAGCAGUGGACACGUUGCACGCAGUUUUAAAGGCUACAAUCGACGAGCAUCGUCAAAGAUUCGUUCCUGGUACGCUACCGAAGGACUACAUCGAUGCCUACUUGCAAAAAAUUGAAGAGUGUGAUGAUCCGGCUUCUAGCUUUUAUGAUGAAGAAGGAGUUUUGAAUCUUAUCGAUGGCCUCACCAACUUUUGUGUACCGGGAACCGAUACAAUUAGCAGUUCGAUGAGCUUCGCUCUUUUGUAUGUAGCAAGCUCUCGUGACGUUCUAAAAAAAAUUCAUGCCGAAAUCGAUGCUGUGAUUGGAAGAGAACGUCUGCCGGAUCCAGCAGACAGGCCAAAUAUGCCGUACAUGUCAGCUGUAGUGAAUGAAACAUUCCGACUGUCAUCUAUAAUACCCGGAGGUGUUCCACAUUCGGCGACAGCCGAUACCAAAAUCAAUGGCUACACUUUGCCGAAAGGAACAAUUAUUAUGCCGAACAUAUACCAGGUCCAUCACGACGAAAAAUAUUGGGGCGAUCCACAGAAUUUCAGGCCGGAGCGAUUUUUGAAUGCAGACGGCACGCUUAGAAAAGAGGAACGAGUGAUUCCGUUCUCUAUCGGCAAACGAGUUUGUGUCGCCGAAGGUUUGGCUCAAGUGCAAUUCUUUCUGUUUCUGACGGGGAUUUUACAACAUUUCGAUUUGAUUGAGAGUCCCGACCAUCCACUCCCAGGCUUUAACGCGAAAUCAACAUUCAGCCUGUCGCCACAACCUUACAAAUUGGUUUUGCGUGAGAGAGCUUAGAUUGUCUGGAAUACUUGUUAAAAUUGGGGGUCGACAUUACACGGAAUGUCGCUCUAGUUACCCGCCUCAAAGAGAUGAUAAUUUGG